AAAUUAAGACAUAGUAACAAGGCAGUCGAUAACCGUAGCGUAAACUUUUCUGGUAUGAAAAUCCCGAAAACUUUAAUUAUUUACUUUCAGAGAUCGCGAGUAUUUUAAACAAUGCUGUGUAAAAUCGUUUUCGCGUGUUUUAUCGCAAUUGUAUCAGGUUGCCCAAACCUAGAAGCCCCGAAGCAUGCCUCAAUAAAUUGCACAACAACAAAUGACGUCACGAAGUGCCGAGUUGCGUGCGAGGAUUGGAUGUACACGUUCGGUGAAGAGCUACUAACAUGUUUACCGAACGGUGAAUGGGACAACAGGCUACCGUUUUGCCACCCUGAUUACACACAAUGCGGAGCGAAAGGGCAGCGUCGAUGUCCUCGCGUAACGAAGGAAGAUAGAGUCAUCAUGGAAAGUUUUGUUCAAAUGAUGGACUUUGAUAUAAAAGCCGGCAUCGACGAUAUAAGCAUGAAAGUCACUGCUAUAGUCGCUUCUAGAAACUCACAUCGUAACAAGUGCUCGCCAGGAUUUUGUACAUACCCUUGCUUCGUGUUCAAUCGCGAAGUCGCCCGAAUCUGCAAAAGGUGCAAGAUAAAGAAAGUUAUCAAAUGCAAGAAGUCGGCUUCACUUUUCGGUUGAAAUGGGAACCUGGAUGAAAUUUGUAAAUUGCGUGCUGUAAAUAAAUGCAAAAUAAAUCAUUAAAUUGGUCUUGUUU